AUGUACAAUGGCACGCCUCGGGACCAUGGGGAAAAGAAACGACAGCGGCUGACCAAUGAAUUGUGGAUGGAAGCUAUCAUGAAUAAGGGUAAGACACCCGAGGGCUUUACCUCCACGUCAACCCUCACGCCACGAGCAGUACCGACCACUGUCGCAUCCCCAGCUGUGGAAAGAGAAGGAGUACUGAAUGUGACGCCCACUUGGGGUGUACCGACGCCCCAGACGUCGAUGGCUCAGCAGCAGUACGUGAAGGGGUAUCAGGAGAGACCAACUGAGCGCCUCCAAAACCGCUUCCAGGGGCGAAAAACGGAGAGCUUUUCACAACAAGUGCGUGGAAUGCCAACGGAGAUAGUUUCACCUCAUCAGAAGAGGAUGGUGAAUGUUUCAGGAGCUCCGGGAUAUGCAGUAAGAGCUGAUGCAGUAGCGGGAUAUCACGGAAGACCCGCAGACACUUCCAGUCCAUUCCCGCAUCAGAACGUAAAACUAUUGACAAUGGAUUAUCAAUCAAGAACAGAGGACGGUGCUACAGUUGACCAAAGGCGCCCGGUAGAUGAAGCUGUAGCGGAUCACUAUAGACUCAGAGACGGAGCCGCGUCCGAAUGUCAAGGAAAACCCACGAAUGAACCCGCACGUCAUCAAGAGAGGACAUCAGGCAUAGCUUAUGAACCCGGGAAAUUCGGUCAAGACCCUACAAGUUACCAAAGUGGGCUGCAUCAGGGAAGGGUGACAGGAGGAAAGCUCGGUAAAAUGGCUGAGGAUUACAAGAAAGACCGGAAAUUACCCCCGAGGGUGGAGGAGAUGCUGAGAGAGCAGGUGAAUCUGGACGAGUCUGCGCUACACGAUGCAUUUGCGGUAGCAAUGGAGGAUUUAAUUCUGGAGCAUGAAGCUAACUUCGUGGCAAAGGGAGUGUGCCACUUAUGUGUGAGUAAGGUCUACCUGCCUGUCGUGAAUUUCUGCCCAUAUGCAGACGAGAACCACUCGCUGUGUCGAGAACAUCUUCGCAGCGUUUACAGGGUGCGUAUGGAAGCGUUGUUCGUGGGCAGGAACGGGUCUGCACCCAAUCGCCGCUUGCUGCGCUGUUUGGCGUGUACGCGUGGAUGUCCAUGUAACUUGUGCAGAGCAGAGAAGGAGAAAGAUAUCCGGAAUUACAAGCGGUAUCUUCUCGACACGCUGCGUCGAUGUGGACACAGUUCGGAGAGCGCAGUGAGGGACGAUCGAGCUACUGCUGCAAUUGCUCCACCAGCACCUGAGCGGCGGUCAACGUUUGGUGUUGCUCAAAGUUUGGGCAAGACCGACGGCCACCGAUACACGCAGUAUGUGCCCGCACCCCUGCUAAAAAGUUGUUCCUCUGUUCAAGACGAUAGUUUCCCCACUCGGGGUUCGCUGACAGAAGCUGCGGAUGAAGCACGUAGUCCAAUGGAGAUCCAGCAGUCCGAGUCUAAUCGGUGCCAAGUACGUGGUCAAUACGGUCGUGACGGUUGCGUGUCCAAUGCAGAAGUCUCUAGUAUGCCUGCUUCCAGCACACAUGCCUCUAGCUUGCAGAUUUCCAGUAUGCGAACCACUGGUCUGCCAGCUUCUGGCAAGCCAAAAUCGAGCGUGCAGGUUUCCGGCAUUCAUGCACCACAACUCCAUUCGACUCAGCACUUUUUAUUUCGACAAGUGAUGCUAGCAGUAUGCGUCCCGGUAAUGUCUCCGUAA